AUGUGGAUGACAAUGGUGUGGGCAGGUGUCGUUACCAAUGGCUCCAUAGAGCGGAUGACGACCGUUCUGAUAAUUUCAGGUUGGUUGUUCGCGUUGUUUGUUGUGAGAUGCCUGCCCGUGACGACGCUGUGGUCGGAUUUCAUCCUGGCCAGUUUCUGGGGCUGCAUGUUCGCUGUGGCUUCCUCAUACCUUCCCGCCAAUCAUGUGUUCGGGAUGCAGCAAUUGGGUAUGUACACAAUCUGGGUCUGGCUGGGUGGAGUGCACAGCAGUUUUGUCAUGUACUUCACCAUGCUUGCAUGUGCCAGCAUUUACAUGUCUUCGAGCUCCGACAUGCUUACAAAACAUGCGACGAUGAGUUUUGGUUGUAUGAGCUUGUUUUUAGCUACUUGGUUGGAGUGGCAGUCGGUGUCUCAUUUUCACCGUUUGAUGAAGCUCGUGAAGGUUGGCGCAGACGGGCUGUUCACUCUGAACAAGGCCACAGGUAACAUCGUCAGUGCGAGCAAAGAAGCGUCGGAGCUGAUUGGCGAGAGUUUGGCUGGAUCGCCGAUGCACCGCGUGACUCACGACAACGAUCGUGCACGCGUCGGCCAGUGGCUGAAACAAAGUGCCGGCGACCCGUCGGAGGCGUUCUUGGCCACGCUUUGCUUCACGCACACCCUACAGUCCAUGCCCACGAGCGAGUUUGAGGCUCGCAUCAUACCGUACGAUGUCAGCGGGUCCAAUCUGCACGUCUGCUUCCAGCUCGUGGGCGAGGUGAGAAGGACGUACGGCCCGAUGCCCAGAGAUGCGCCAUCCCAGAGCAGCCUCUCUGCAGAAAGGACACUCCAGAGCCUGGAGCAGCCACUGGAGGACGACAGGCCCAGCCUGACGCCACAGAGCCGCGUGGACGACGCGUGCGCCGCGAGAGACCCCCGAGCGGUCGACGACCUCGGCGUGACCCCCAGGACGGAGUCCGACGUCUUCACCCUCUCGGCGGACAGCCCUUCCGAGGCGAAAUCGGCGGCGGGUCCGCAGCAGCCCGCGCCUGCCAGGCAGCAGGCUAGCCCGAGCGCGGGCCCGCCCCGCGCCGCGGGCGAGGCGGCCGGCGUGGACGAGGUUCGCAAGAGGGCGUGGGGCGCGAGGCCGAUCCAGGUCGCAGGCGCCGCCGAGGCGGGCGCCCUGUUGGCGCCCGCGCGCGGCGAACGCGACGAGGAGGACCCCGGGGAGGCUUCGGCGUUCCAGCCGAUAUCGCGCACGCAGCGCCGCAGGAUGUACACCGAGGAGGGCCAAGACAGGGCGCAGCGCUUUCUGGCUCGCCCCGCCCCGGCAGGGCGGUCUGGUGAGCAGCAUUGA